AUGUUUUUCAUUACAGACCAUACACAAAAUCGCUUCCCAUCCUCACACAUUAUUGAAAUUACUCCAUUGAUUUGGGUAUUGGAAAGGUUGUUGAGGAUACAAAAAAGGAGUGUACGUUGGUGAGAUCGGAUGUUGAACCUGUUGGAUAUUAUUCGGAAGCGAGUGUGUUGGUAUAGUAGGAUUUGAAUACGUCCGUGAUAGUUGGGUAUUGCCUCCAGGCGGUAGGUAAGCAUAAUUAUUCGCAGGAAUUGGGACUAUUUGCGGUGGAUAUUCGGCACAGAUCUUUGACGUUGAGCAAUUCGCAAUCGGCUGUUGCAGACCCUCAAUCGGUGUGAUCACAUUGGACGUGGAAGGACUGUUGUUGGACACUGGAGAGUUUUGCUCCGCCCCAACACAUCUCAGGUCAUCAAACAUCUCUGUUAAUGUGUAGUUUCCUGGCGCUUGAAGCAGUUUGAAAGACUGCGGUUCGUCCUCUUCCGGAUUCGUCAUCGAGUAUGGACGUUUCGUUUUUCUUCUAGCAAAUGCAGCCCUAUCGGUUUGAGUCUGCUUAUCACAGAGUCCACCGGCCAAUUGUUCUUUGGUCAGCGACAAACUCUCCAUCUCCGCUGCGUUCUCCUCUUCUGAAAACGGCUCCACCGGGAAACAUCCGAAUAGGUCGGUGAGUAGCGGGAUUUCCCCGGCGUUGGAGAAAACUUGAGCGAAUUGUAGAUUUUCGCACAUAGCAUUGGCUAACAUCUGAAAAACGUACCUUUUGAGCAAUUGGAAAAAUUUUACCUCAAAAUUUGUCGAGUGCCAUUUGUCACUAGCCGCACCGAAAUUACGGUAGAAUACUGUACUGACCGUAACUAUAGGCAAUGACAGUAGGAUGUGUCCAAAGCAAAUUGCCGGAUGUUGGCUGAUACGUGCUUCCUUGACAAUCAUGUAUAGAGUGUCCGCGAUCUUGUUUCGCAUUUAAGGAUUCAGAACGAUCAUUGCACUGACGCAAACAAUCUCCUCUUCUCGCAUACCGUAAGACCGAUACGGCCGAACAAGCUCGUCGAGCGCUCGAUCGACGAGGCCGUUUCCCAAAUGGUAACUAUCAGAAAACGCCUGCGAAAUGUUUCGUGGUACGUAGGCAAAAUUGCAGAGGCAGAGAAUAUUCUCGUCUUUUGCCACUUCAGCUGUUCUGGAGGCGAACUUGAACACCAUCAACGGGGCGAACGCAUUCUUCACCAGAGCGAUCUGAGUGAUGUUUUUAGGCUUUCCUAUGUUUAUUGA